AUGUUAUCGAAUUUGAGUAAAGGUCAAAAUCAUCAUUCGAAUUCAUUAAAUGGUGUGCUGGACUCACCCAAUAAUAUUAGUAUAAAACGAUCCAUUUUAUAUCCUAGACAGGAAGAUGGAAAUAAAGAUCCACCAAAGAAUGAUGAAAAGAAACCAGCGGAACAAAAGGAACCUGAAGAAAAAAAGCCGGAAAAUAAAGAACCAGAGCCUAAGGAAAAGCCGGCUGAAAAAGAAGAGCCAAAAGAACAGGAGCCCGAUAAAAAAGAGCCGCCUGAAAAAGAAAAGCCAAUAGAACCAGAGCCUAAGGAAAAACCGGAUGAAAAAGAAGCGCCAAAAGAACCAAAGGAACCCGAGGAAAAGGAAAAAAAGCCGGAAAAUCAAGAACCAAAAGAACCAGAGCCUAAGGAAAAACCGGUUGAACAAGAAGAACCGAAAGAGCCCAAGAAACCUAAUGAAGAACCAAAGGAACCAAAGGAACCAGUACCUAAGGAAAAACCGGUUGAACAAGAAGAACCGAAAGAGCCCAAGAAACCUAAUGUAGAACCACAGGAACCAAAGGAACCAGUACCUAAGGAAAAACCGGUUGAACAAGAGGAACCAAAAGAACCUAAAAAACCUAAUGAAGAACCAAAGGAACCAGUACCUAAGGAAAAACCGGUUGAACAAGAAGAACCGAAAGAGCCCAAGAAACCUAAUGAAGAACCAAAGGAACCAGUACCUAAGGAAAAACCGGUUGAACAAGAGGAACCGAAGGAACCCAAGAAACCUAAUGAAGAACCAAAGGAACCAGUACCUAAGGAAAAACCGGCAGAACAAGACGUACCAAAGGAUCCUUUAGAUCUUGUUCCGGUCAAUGGAAAAGAUCCAAAGGAACCGGAACCAAAUGAAAAGCAACCUCCCAAACAAGAAAAUGGUAAAGAACCAAAGGUUCCGGCUCCGAAGAUUCCACCCAAAGAAAAACCACCAAAGAAUGUUAAAGCUCCAAAAAAUCCCGCCGUUGAACCAAAGAAUCCAGAAAGCGAACCCAAAACAUCAGAACCAAGUGUAACGAAUUCUGAGCCAGCACCAACCAAGAGUAAAACCCCAUCACCCCAACCCACAAAAGAUCCUAAAUUCAGUAAAAACCCAAAUGAACCUCAAGAUCCCGAACCAAAUGAUAAUGGAACUGACAAACAAAAACCAAAGAAUAUAGACAAAUUUAUUCCUCCAUCAAAAAUACAUAUCACUUUGAAUACGCCAGUUCCUGGAACAGCCACGGUCACAAUUCCUAGCAACAUUCCUGCAGAGAUUGUCAUUAAUGAAGCAGCCUCGUAUGGAGCUCUUCUUCCGGGUACCGUUCAAGUUCAGUUGAAAUUUUCGAAUCAACUUCUAUGGGUAGAUCUAGUUAAAGAUGAUAUUUUACCUACACAAUUUGCCCAAUUUUUGAAGCGAGAUAUUGCAAAUUUUGUUGAUAUUGAUCCCAAUGAAGUCAUAAUUAGUGAAUUGGAAGCUGCUGAUGAUGGAGGUGUUAUUAUGAAAAUAAUUAUACCCGAGAACAAAUUUGAAGAAUUUUCAAACGUAAUCAAAGACACCACGAAUCCGUUUUAUUCAGAGGGUUCGGAAUUAAAUAAAUUGAUUGACACAAAAAUAUCUCCAUUAUUAGUUGGUCCGGUACCGGCUGAUGCAAUAAAUGAGCCAGUCAACACAAAUAAGGGAAUAAUUAUUGGAUUUGCAGUCGCUGGCUCAACGGUAUUAUAUGCAGGAUUAACGGCUCUUGUUAUUCGAGCUUAUAAGAGAAGCAAUUCCAGACCCAUGACAAGACAAGAAAAUUAUGUGUAUGGAACACAAGUAGAGUGA